AUGGCGUCAGGCAACGACCUCUUCAAGCUUUAUCGCUAUGACCCGUCUAUGGCCGCGGCGGUCAUCUUCAUUGUUCUCUUCUUCGGGAUUACCGCAUUCCAUACGUACCAAGUAGUUCGCACCAAGACUUGGUUCUUCAUCCCAUUUGUCGUUGGAGGUUUCUGUCAAUGGAUCGGUUAUAUAGGAAGAGCGGUUUCCAGCGCCGAAAGCCCCGAUUGGACUGUAAACCCGUACAUCGUGCAGACACUCCUGCUGCUCGUUGCUCCAGCUCUUUAUGCAGCCAGCAUCUACAUGAUCCUCGGGCGUAUAAUCCUUCUCACCGAAGGCGAAGUUCACUCAAUCAUACGGCGAAAAUGGUUGACCAAGCUUUUUGUAUUUGGUGAUGUGGUGUCAUUUAUUCUGCAAGGCGCUGGAGGCGGAAUCAUGGCCAGUGGUACGGUUGAAGCUCUCGAGAAGGGCGAGCACAUCGUCAUUGGUGGCUUGGUGGUCCAGAUCAUCUUCUUCUCGCUUUUCGCUGUCACGGCGGCCAUCUUCCACAAACGACUGAGCCGGUUUCCAACGAGGAAGGUCCUUCAAACUGUCAUUCCGUGGGAGACGUACAUCUAUGUCCUUUACGCUGCCUCCGUGCUCAUCCUGGUGCGGUCAAUCUUCCGUUUGAUAGAGUAUGCACAGGGGAACGACGGAUAUCUGAUUUCGCAUGAAGUCUUCCUGUACGUGUUUGAUGCCGUCUUGAUGUUCGCAACUAUGUGUAUAUUUGCGUGGAAGCAUCCGAGUAGCAUCAACACUUUUCUUAAGGAGGGGGAUCAUGAAAGCCCAGACACAACUUCGAACUAUGGUAUGGCCUAA